ACCAUAUGUAAAUAACUUUCCAAAUAGAAAUCUGCUAAUUGCUACAAGUACAAUUUGCUAGGGGGCCAAAAUUACCUUUUAAAAAGGUUUGGGGUUUCAAACUUGAAGAUGACAAAGAAAGAGAAAAGAAGGAAAGUGAAGAAAAAAGAAAGUACCGUUUUGCGUCGUCGUUAGAUGUACUUUAACAACUCUUGCAGUGCGGCAACGCCGCAACAAGGAAGUAUUGACAUUCUAAUUCCACCGUUACAUUCGCCGGCGCCGUCACUCCUCCAGCCGUUCUCAGCUCGUAACAACUCCACCGCCCGCCCACACCGACGGUUACCGUAUUUAAAAGAUGGAAGGUGUAGAUGCAUCCAAUUUGGAUUUGGAAAAGGUGGGACCACAAGGUAAUGUUGCAGAAGUGGAUGGUUUUAGAUGCAGUGUUGACGAGCUAGUCAUGAAAGUCGAUAAGCUUGAACAAAGAGUGAAUGAAGUUGAGAAGUUCUACUUGAACGCAAGCAUAAAGCAACCAAACACUUCAAAGAAUACUUCUUCAGGGAAGUACAAAGAUAAGGAGAAACAUGUUCCUGGCUUUAAGAAGCUACAACUAGAAGCAUCACGUGGAGAGGCCGCUGCGGCUAAGAGGAUGCAGGAGCUUAUGCGCCAGUUUGGCACAAUUUUGCGCCAGAUCACUCAGCACAAAUGGGCUUGGCCUUUUAUGCAGCCAGUUGAUGUUGAAGGACUUGGGUUGCAUGACUAUUAUGAGAUUAUUGAUAGGCCCAUGGACUUCAGUACAAUAAAGAACCAAAUGGAGGCCAGGGAUGGUGCCGGGUAUAAGCAUGUCAGAGAGAUUUUUGCUGAUGUUAGACUGGUGUUCAAGAAUGCAAUGAAGUACAAUGAUGAAAAGAGUGAUGUUCAUCGAAUGGCGAAAACAUUAUUGGAAAAAUUUGAUGAGAAAUGGUUGCAACUUCUGCCAAAAGUUACUGAGGAGGAAAAAAGACGAGAAGAGGAGGAAGCAGAAGUUCAAUUGAAUAUGCAGCUUGCUCAGGAGGCCGCUCAUGCCAAAUUGGCGAGGGAUCUGUGCAACGAGCUUUAUGAAGUUGAUACACACUUGGAGGAACUCAGAGAGAUGGUGGUCACAAGAUGCAGAAAAAUAUCAAUAGAGGAGAAGAGAAAUCUAGGAAUAGCUCUCACGAAGUUAUCUCCUGAAGAUCUUAGUAAGGCGCUGGAGAUAGUAGCGCAAAAUAAUCCACUAUUUCCAGCCUCGGCAGAAGAGGUGGAACUUGACAUUGAUGCUCAGAGUGAAUUGACAUUGUGGAGGCUAAAAUUUUUCGUCAAGGAUGCAUUAGAAGUUCAGGGCAAGAUUACAAGCAAAGGUGACAACAGUAACUCGGUCAAUCUAGCUGUUACAAAUCCUAAUAUCAGUGCUGCCUCCAAAAGAAAAAAGGAGAUUUGUGAUGCUCUUGUGAAGAAUGCCAAGAAACGAAAUAAAAAGCCCUCUAAAUGAAUUUGUCUAUGAAAUGGCUGCAACAUGGGUAUGCAGUUCAUAUGUGUCAUCAGGAACGGUUUAUUUGACUAAUCUUCGUUGAAUCUAAAAGUUUUUGACAAUUUUCCAGACCCGGGAGGAGAAAAGGAUUGGUGUUUGAUAGGUCGAAGUAACCAAUGUUUGAUAGGUCAAAUUAACCAAA